UCAUAACGUGAUAAUCGGGCGGCCGGCCGAACCGCUAUAAACCGAAACAUUCGGAAAUUACUUUAUAGAAAAUUAUUUUAUUCGAAACAUUUUUUAAGACUUAAGCUGUUUGUGAAGUGAUACUUAUAUAAGCGUUUAAGGAAACAGGCAAUAUGCAAGUUUUCGACAAUACUAUGCGCCGUGCAUCACGACGCGCCUCUCUGCGCCGCGGCUCCAUUUCAGUGCUGCCACAAAAGUCUGCCGAAAUUCCAUGGGACAUUCUGGAGCGUCUAUUGUUGCCAUUCCUGUUCUGUCAUGCUGCCGCAUUGAUUAUCUCAACAUUGUUGCACGCAUUGGACAUUUCACAUGUCUCCACGUUUGCGGUAUUCGUUUGGUUUGCACUCUCCACUGUUGGAGCGGUGCUCUUCUAUCAUUUCGUUAAGGUCUCCUCAUAUGGCAAAGGUGUGCUCAUUACUGGCUGCGAAACUCCCAUCGCUUGGUAUUUGGCUAAGAAACUCGACGAUUUAGGUUUCACUAUCUAUGCUGGCUUCAAUGUGCCCAUCGCUGAAUCAGAUGAGGCGAAAAUCCUGAAGGAAGAAACUUCCGGUCGUUUGAAAUUGUUGCAUGUGGAUGUGAGCUCGGAGAAAUCUCUACUUGAGGCCGCUGUCUACAUUUCCGAACAUUUGCCCGAUGGCGCUUAUGGCUUGUGGGCUGUGGUGCAUUGUGCUCACUGGGUUGCGCUUGGAGAGUUGGAGUGGAUUCCAUUCGGUGUAUUGCGCAAGUCAUUGGAUUUAAAUUUGUUGGGUGCCGCACGUUUGACCCAGAUUAUGUUGCCGUUAAUUCGCCGCUCAACUGGACGCGUUGUCUUCUUGACCUCAGGCCUUAGCAAAAUCCCGGCACCAGUGCGCGGCAUCCAAGGCGCCACCCAAGCGGCUAUUGAGAGUUUUGCCGGUUGUCUGCGUCAGGAAAUGCGCCAACGUGGUGUCGAUGUGUCUGUGGUGGCAGCCGGUGAAUUUACGCCCGGCAACGGUUGGCUCAGCGAGACGGAAUUGCGUGAACAGGCUAAGGAAAUGUGGGCCCAAUUGACCUCCGAACAGAAGAAAACCUAUGGUGAAGAUUACUAUGAAGCUGCUAUGACCUCAUUGGAGAAGUACUCAAGAGAGACCGCUGACAUACAACCCGCUCUGCGUGUGCUGAUCGAUGCCGUCUCGCGCACCUUCCCCAUGGCACGCUACACACCGGUGACUGCACGCGAAAAGAUCGAAAUUUUCAUGGCCGAACACUUGCCCACCGCACUCUACGAAAUCCUCUUCGCCGAGCCCAAAAAGAAGGUGCGUCCACAAGGUGCUUUCUAAAUGACAGCACCGCAUAGGCGAGCAAAGGAAAAGGCAAACAGACCAAAGGACACGGCUGCAACAGUAAAGAGCGUUCACUGCACAAAUUUAUAUUGUUGUGAUCAUUUGAAUAAUAAAUAUGAUUAGCAUUCGGUAAUAAACAGUUUAUAUUGGCCAAAUUGAAUAAGUAGCAUAGUCACACAUAUACAUAUGCAAUAAUUAACCAUACUCUAAAGGCGUAAUUUUUGUACUAAAAAAGCAUUUAUUUUUAUAUCCUUUGACGAAUUAAAUUUUUCAGUUCAAUAAAUUUCCAUUUGCCAUAGUUUGAAAGCGCCAAAACGCAUUUAAGUAAUUGUUUAAAUAUUGUUUUUUUUUGUGAACAUAUGUUCUUGAGUUGUCUCUAUGUAUGAAUUUGCAUUAAACAUUUAUUUCACUUUACUUGUGUAGUUCUUAAGCUCAUACGCAAUAAGCCAAAUUUUAACAGAUGUACUUAAAUAACUGUAUUUCUUUUGAAUAUGUAGGUAAAAAUUGUGAGAUUUUCAAUAAAGGUGAACACAAACAACGAUUGGACAAA